AUGGGCAACUGCAAUGCGAGCAGCGUGAACUCCGAGAGCACCGAGAUCCAGGUCCGGUCUUCCCAGCAUCCCAGCCUGAAGACCCUCCCAAUGCGAACCAACAUGAAGUUCGGAUGGCGGCCGGACAUGCCGGACCACCGUGACCUCCGGGUAACCUUUGACAAAGUAGACGCUCCCAGCCACAUCAAGAAACGAGAGAAGGAGAUCAUCGACCUUCGCCCUCAGAACGGUGGCUUCCCCAUCUUUGAUCAGG